ACCCUGAGUUUUGAUUUUACUGUUCUCUCACUUUUUUGCAAUUCAAUUGAGAGGGGUAAUGCAACCCACAAGGCAAGAUUGAAAUUUCCCUGUUUGUUGUUCGCUUCCUGCUGUGCUGUGCUGUUUACUUGUUGAAUUCUUCAGAUUUCAAGUAGCUAAAAGACCAGACGCAUGGCUGAAGACGCAGAGGUGCGGCAGCACCUACAUCAAGUUGUGAUGCUCCGCCCUUUCCCUUACUUCCCUUCUCACAAGGAAAGAUUUUCUAAGCAGUUCCAACCUCUCAAUGUAUUCGAGUCUUCCGAGCCCGCUCACCUCUUCUUGUCCACCCACGCUCAAUCGGCUAGGGUCCUCCUCUGUGCAGGAUUCACCCCCGUCACCUCCGAUAUGCUUCGCUGCCUUCCCUCUCUCCAGUGCAUCAUCACCACCAGUGCAGGCGUGGAGCACAUCGACUUGGGGGAGUGCCGUCGAAGGGGUAUAGCCGUCGCCAACGCCGGGAACGCCUUCUCGGUGGACGUCGCCGAUUAUGCUGUUGGGCUGUUGCUCGAUGUCCUUAGAAGGAUCUCGGCUGCCGAUAGCUAUGUCCGUCGGGGGCUUUGGCCUGUCCAGGGAGACUUUCGUCUCGGUCACAAGUGUAUCGUUGGCACCAGCGCCGGCGUCGACCACAUCGACCUGGCUGAAUGCCGCCGGAGGGGAAUUUCUGUCACUAAUGCCGGCACCGCCUUCUCCGAGGACGUUGCCGAUCUUGCCGUUGGUUUCUUUCUCGAUUUAUUAAGACGGGUCUCUUCUACCGACCGUUACGUCCGACGAGGACUCUGGCCCCUCAACGGUGACUACCCUCUUGGUUUCAAGUUAGGAGGCAAGCGAGUGGGGAUUGUUGGGCUGGGAAGUAUUGGUUCUGAAAUUGCAAAAAGACUAGAGGCUUUUGGCUGCAGUAUCUCUUACAACUCAAGGAGGAAGAAGCCAUCAGUUUCAUUUCCUUAUUAUUCAAAUGUCUAUGAUCUAGCAGCUGACAGCGAUGUGCUUAUCCUUUCUUGUGCAUUGACUGAGGAAACUUUUCACAUGGUUAACAAGGAUGUUCUUUCUGCAUUGGGAAAGGAAGGAAUUAUCAUUAAUGUCGGGCGUGGGGCUCUUAUUGAUGAGAAGGAACUGGUUCGAUGUUUGGUGCAAGGAGAGAUAGGAGGUGCUGGUUUGGAUGUCUUUGAGAAGGAGCCCGAUGUGCCAAAGGAGCUUUUUGCAUUGGAUAAUGUUAUUUUAUCUCCACAUAGAGCUGUGCUGACACCAGAGUCCUUCGAUGCCCUGCAAGAACUGGUCAUAGGCAACUUGGAGGCUUUUUUCUCUAAUAAACCCUUGCUCUCCCCAGUCAAGGAUGAAUGACGUGUUCAUCUUUUCUUUCCAAUAAAAGCUUCUAAGGUUGGCAUCAAUAUCAUGCCUAAGUCAUCCAAAAACACAAAAACUGGCUAGCAUUCUUAGUUGGGUCUUGGAACUGGGAGCAUUUUAAAUUAGUUAGGCAGAAGCCAGAAACACAUUUUAAUGGUGUGUUCACCUUUUCUUUCCAGUAAAUUUUUCAAUAUCAUGCCCAAGUCAUCCAAAAACAGAAACUCGCUACUGUUCUUGGUUGGUUCUUCGUUCUUGUUAGGUUGAAGGAUUUUUUUUUUAAACUAAUUUGGUGAAAGAACAUUUAUGCAAGCCAUAAUUAUAUUACUACGGGUCAUGUUUACUGUUUAGCGACAGCAUACCUAAAUUUUCAGGUGGCACGGCUUUAAUAUACAACCUUCAGUGAUUGCUUGUGA